AUGGGCGUGAUCACAACUGUCAAGAAGAACAAGGUCGGAGCAGUUGUCGUAUCUGUCUUCGACUGGUAUCCAUCUCACUACCCAAAAGAAGAAAGAAAGCUACUCCGAAAGCUUGAUCUGGCUAUUCUGAUAUUUGGAUGUUUAAGUUUCUUCUGUCGCUUCCUCGGCCAACAAAACAUUACCAAUGCCUACGUCUCUGGCAUGAAAGAGGAUCUCCAUGCCUAUGGAAAUGAGCUCAACUACUAUGUCGUGGCCUACAAUACAGCAUACGUGUUGGGCCAAAUCCCUCUGAUGACGUUACAAACCAAAGGAAAGCUGGCACCAUUCUUGCUCCCCACGCUUCAAAUCAUUUGGGCAGUUAUUGCUUUUUGUCAAUCUGAAAUCAAGCACAGCUGGCACCUAUAUAUCCUAAGAGCCAUCACGGGGUUUCUCGAGGCUAGCUCAUUCGGCGGCACUCAUCUCAUCCUUGGCUCUUGGUUCAAGAAUGAAGAACUUUUCAAGAGAGCAGGUGUCUGGUUCAUGGGCAACUCACUAGGUUCCAUGUUCUCGGGAUACCUCCAGGCUGCAGCAUACCGAAAUCUCGACGGUGUCUUUGGACGUGCAGGUUGGCGAUGGCUCUUCAUUGUUCAGGGUAUCAUUACUCUGCCUAUUGCUUUCGUUGGAUUUGUCGUCUGGCCUGGUCUGCCUACUUCGCCGAGGAGAUGGUACAUGACAGAGGAAGAGCACGCCCUUGCACUCAAACGUAUCCCCACUGUAGAGAAGGAGGGUAUCACUUGGAAGACAUUCAAGUACACCUUGAGCCGACCUAUGUGGUGGAUCUGUGUGUCGUGCUAUAUCUUCUUAUGCCAGGCGCAUUACUGGACCGGUUACAUGGCUCUUUGGCUUCGCAGUACUGGUUACUCGAUUGAGCUGGUCAACAUUCUUCCCACGUUUAUCGAUCUCCUACGUGCCAUUUCGUCCUGGCUCGGCACAACUCUCGCUGGCUGUCUCAGUCUACGUGGUCUUUGGACCUUCCAAGCCUCUUUCGUCUUCUUCGCCUGUAUUGUCUUGUCUAUCUGGUCAGUACCCGAUGGCCUAAAAUUCGUGGCAUUUUACUUCGGUGGAUUCUCAGGCAUGGCGUCGCCCAUUCUCUACUCAUGGGUCAACUCGACACUGAAGGAGAAUUAUGGAGAAAGAGGACUUAUCAUCUCUUCCAUGAUGACUCUGGGAUUCUGUAACCAAAUCUGGAUACCUCUCUUUACAUUCCCCACGGUCGAGGCACCGAAAUUUCCUCAUGGAUAUCCCGCGGCGACGGUAUUCGAGUUUACUAUGUGGGCAAUCUUGAUGGGUGGUGUUUGGUACAUGAAGAGGUGGAAGACAAAGCAUCCCGAUUUGGAAAUGCGUCUUGCGGCAAAUGAAGAUGCUAGCUCCGGGAACGGUAUUGAGUCUGCGGACAGUGGAAGUGUGGAAGCCCAGUCGAAAGACGCUAAGACGACUGUUGCAAGUUAUUAA